GUCGCGCGGGGCUCUGGGCAGCGGUGUGGAGCUGAGCGCGUGGGAGCGGCAGGGUCAGUCGGUCUGCCUGCUGCGGGGUCGCUGCCUGGCUGCUGGGGAGGCUUUUCAGUGUGGUAGAGGCAGCUGGAGAGUGGAAAGGCAAAGCAAAGUUCAGGCUGCAGUCUCCGCUCGCGUUCGAAGAGGUCGCUGUGUGGAGGAUGGCCUUCUGCCCAUUCGUCUGAAGUUUUAACACGCUUGUGGGAUAGAUGGCUGCAGCUAAUAAGGGCACAAAGCCUAAAGUGGGUGGUGUCCGCUUCGCCGCCAGCCAGCCUGAGGAAGGAGCACACUCCCACGUGCACUUCGACGAGAAGCUCCAUGACUCCGUGGUCAUGGUCACCCAGGAGAAGGAUGGCAACUUCUUGGUCAAGGUAGGGUUUCUGAAGAUACUGCACAAAUACGAAAUCACGUUUCUUCUGCCUCCCAUUCAAAGGCUGGGGAAGGACGUUUGUGCCAUUCCGCUUCCAAACGUGAACCUUAAAGUCAUCAGCAUCACGCCAGUGGCUGAAGGCUACAGUGUUAAGUGCGAGUACACCGCGCACAAAGAAGGGGUCCUGAAAGAAGAGAUGAUGCUGUCCAGCGAGACCCACGAUGGUGCCUGCGUCAAAGUGGUCGUUCAAGCCCGGGUCAUGGAUCGCCACCACGGCACACCCAUGCUGCUGGAGGGGGUCCGGUGCAUCGGGGCGGAGCUGGAGUACGAUUCGGAGCAGAGCGAGUGGCACGGGUUCGACUAGCCGCUGAGGACCGCCGCCUCCUUUUAGGUUUUAAAUUUAAGCUUGAAAUGUAAGAAAAACAAAUAGUUCACUGGCUGCAGGAUUCUGAACGCUCUAGUUUUGUGGUCACCAAUCGAGCUUGUCUUGUGAGGUCUGGGCGCUGUGCUUUCACCCCCCCUUCCCCUAAUAGCAAACCAAACCGUAGGCCAGUAGUUGUAAAGGGUUUUGUGAAGAGCGGGUGGCGGCUUAUGACUCCGGCUCAGAGCUGAGAGCAAAGCCAAGGCCGUCACGGAUUGGGUCAGGUUCUCGUCAUCUUUUCAGCCUUAAAACUAAACUCUGUGUGUGUGCGCGCACGGGGCUGUACAUGCUGGCAUGCGGGUGGAUGCCCGACCUCCUGAGCAAGUGUCACCUACCGGGCAUCUGUCAUAUCAGAAUAUUAUUUCUUAUCCUUAAAUGUUGGUUAUUUUUUCCUUCUCUUUAGUGAUCUCAUCGUCGCAUGUGGCUUUGUCCAAAGUUUCUACAGCUGCCAUUUAAAAACUGAACAGCUGAUGUUUUCUACCAUCUCCAGUGGUGGGGUUGGUAAAUACACCAGGUGGGGUGCGGUAGCUUCAUAUGCUUUGGCUGUUUAGUUUGUGUUUCGUCUCAGGAGUAUUUCCAAAAACCAGGCACCUGGUGCCUUCCCGAGAUUCCGGAGCAAUCCCUUGUCGCAAGCCAUACGGUGUCUUGUUCUCUCUGCUGCUGCUGCAAUUUUAGUUUAGUUGUCAUGAUCUUUCAUGAUGCGUGUUUAAACGCUUCGGGCUGGAUUCGGAUCCCAGUUGCAAAUCUGGAAUUAACUCCACUUUCCCCCAGUGGGUAACUCCAGAUUGAUUCCAUUGGCUUUCGGGGAGUUAAGUCCAAGUUUACGCCAUUGCUGACUGAGAGCAGAAUCUGUCUCGUAAGGGUGCAUUCUGCCUUCAGCUGUGCAGAUGUAACUCUCUCUAAAAGCAGUAGGGUUGUGUGCAUGUAUCUGAAGGCAGAAUUUUCCCUUUAGGUUGGGUUGUUUGAAGGCAUUUAGGAGAGUUGGGGGCUCAGUUCCACUGGGAGUUGGGUGCUUCCCCCUCAUAGACACCUUUGAAAAUCCCAGUCUGAAUUUUCAUUUCUUAAAUGUUGUCUGGUGGUUUUUGUUUUUUAAGACACACGGUACAAGGACCAGGAAUAGUGGUUCAGUUCUGAAAGCAACAGAAGGAUUUAUGUGCCUCUCUCUAUAGAUGUGUAUGUGUGGGUUUUUUAAGUACAAAAAAUAUCUAUAAAGGAAAAUAAUAAACUUCAGUUGAAACAAAA